AUGAGCAGAUAAGUUAACCGGAACAGAGCAAGAAACCCAUUAUCUGCAGCUGAAUUAGCAAAGGUCUUUCAACCUAAGCCAAAAAUUGUGACCUUUUUUGACAUCUUUACCUUUGGAGUUAUUGCUGCAGCUAUAUUUUUCAACAGUCUUACAGCAAGAUCUAUUAUAUUCAAUGUUUCAAUAUCUGCUGCUUUAUUAUUGAAAGUGUUUAUUGGAGUGUAUUUUUACAAGCGAAACAAUGCUCGAUCACUCAGAUUGUACUUCAUGUUUAGAUUUCUCUAUAAUGUUCUGGUUAUUUAUCCGUUGAUAGCAGUUUUAAAAUUCUUCACUGGAGUCUAUGUAAUGAAUAACUUUAUAGCUGGAGGGAUCUUAGCUCUUUUUGAAUUGAUCAUAACAGGUAUAUACAUGAAGUAUCUGUUUCUUAAAACUCCUAUUGAAAAUAUUGAAGAUAUUCCGGGCUAUAUCAUCAAAAGUAAGCAAGAAGAUCUUACCGUGCUAAAUAUCAAGUCAAACAGAGCAGCAGAUUAUCUAUCAAAAUCAUAUGGGAAAAAAUCUAUACUGAACAUUAUCAAGAAGAAGUAAAUAUAAAAUGAAAAGCAAAAACUGAUGAAGAAUAGCAGUGGGAAGCCAAUGGGUACUUUUGAAUUACUUUAAAGACGCUAAGAAGACUAGCAUAGACGAAGAGUGGGUUUUAAUCUUAUUAGGCCUGAGGAUGAGAUUGAGGCAGAGAUAUAAUUUGAAAUAGUACAAGUAAAUAAGAAGGCAAAUAGCUCUAAGUAUAUGAGUUUUGAAUUGAUUCAUAGCAGAGAUGUUGUAAAUGAUGUUAAAAUAAUGGAUCAAAAGGAAAAAUAAAAGAUUUAGUACAUCGAGGAUGCAAGAGAAGACAUUGAAAGAGAGAAGGAGAAAUUCAGAAGGGCAAUGGAAAAAAUGAAGGGGAAAAGUAGUGGAGAUGAUCAAGCAUAGGUAAAGAAAAACUAAGAUGACCUAAAGGAAGAAGAGGAUUAGAAUGGGCCAAUAGUCUAUACUGACUAAGUCAAGUUAAAUAAAAAAGAUGAAGACAAUGUGCUACUUACGAAUGAAGAAGAUGUGGAACAAUAAAGUGAUAGAGCUGAAAUGAAUAGAAGCAAUAUUAAUGAUACUGCAGCUAAGUCAACUAAUGAAAAAGCCACUCCUGUAUCCAAAAUUACAGAAAGUAAACAAUAAACAACCACAUUAAAAUAGCCUGAGGUAAAAUCUUAGAAUUUACCUGCUCCAUAAUAGUUGCCUUUAUAAAACUAUCAGAGCAAUAGAUCAACAAUUCAAACUAAAGUUUAAGAAGAAGUACCUUAAAGAUAGGCCAGAUCCUAGUAAAGAUAGUCUUAAAAGUAAAAAUUUAAGAGUUAUGAAGAAAAAUUUGAAAUUUAGAGACUUUAAAUCUAAAAGCAGCAAUAGAAAGGCCCUCAAUAGCCUCAGUAAAGAUAAGCAAACUCGAAUGGCAGAAAUUAAUAGAACUAAUCAAACAAAAGGAAAUAUUAAGAUGAUGACUAUGAUAGCGAAGAUGGGUCUGAUAGCUAUGACUCUGAAGAUUCAGAGAGGAGAAGGAGAAGAAAGAAGAUACAGCAAAUUAAUAAUUAAUAGAAAAAGAUUCAUGGAGUUAACGAUGGCGAUAGCAGUAGUAGUCUAUCUGAGGAUGAUUAAAAAAAGAAAAGCAAUAGAAAUCAAAAAGCUAAUACCAAUAAUAACUCAAGAAAAAAUUAGUCUGCUAAAGGAGGCAACUAAAAGUAGGUCCGCUUUGAUGAGAAUAAAAAUACAAUUAAAAAUGCUUCUGAAUUAAAUAGAGGACUCAAUUAAAAUAAAGGAAAACAGGAUGAUUCUUAUGACACAGAGGGAGAUUCAUACUGA